CAGUUACGACCAAUAGUCGUAUAGUUUGUAAAAACGUCAUUGCAGCCAAUCGUGUACGUUGUUACAUAUGCAUUAUCAUAUUCAAGAACCCGGAUAUUGAAUAUCGAAGUGUAAUGGUGUAACUCCAUGUAAAUAUUGUCAAAUGGGUCAGAAGAUGGAUGAUUUAACACGGAUACCCGUGAGUCACUGUCCCAAGGUGUUCAUUCAGCGAGACUACUCCAAUGGGACGCAACUCUCCUUCCUGAACAAAUAUCCCCAUGAGCUCGAAGGAAAGGUUGAUGCCCAGACAUUCCAGACAACGGUGUCAAAGUUGAACUCCAUGUAUGAGGAGGCUGAGACACUGAGUGGGAUGACGUACUGCGAGAGUUGUCUGGCCUGCCUCACUGCGUACCUCUCCUACAUCUGCAUGAAAACACACUACGAAAAGAUGCUACAGAAAGUUAGUGUAUACAUCAAUGAACAGAACCAGAAUGUGUACAUCCCACGGGGACUGAUGCUGAUAGACCCAGUAGAAAGGGGACUUCGUGUACUGGAGAUAUGUGUGCUAUCUGACUCUAGUGCCGGGAGAUGAACAAAAUGUUCUCUGUUGGUUUUUAAACUUUGUUUAUCGGAUGGUCACCUGUCAUCAUGUCCUUUGUUAAUAUUGCUGUCAUCUGCAAGAACAACCUCGAGAGAUUUCUUCAUAUCUUCCUGGCAACAUUCAGAAGCAAUUGUUCUAUCUGCAUGAGACAAUGUUAUUGAUAGGGAUUUCAUUUUUUUUUAUCAUAACUCUCAGAGUCUUUUUAACCUUCUUGGAAUAUUGGUUUCUUUAUUAUGUGGAAAAAAAUAUUUAGGGCAUUUUGGGAGAAACAAUUUAUAACUAAGGAAUGAAGAAUAAAAUAGAAAAAUCUUCUUCAUAUUGGUUUUAACAUCUUUGGGAGAGGUGGCAGCACCCCUGUAUAUGGAGAUUUUCAUAUGAAAGGGGAUUUGUUUUUCAGCUAAGCAUGCUUAUUUGUAUUUAUUGAUUUUAUUCUACUUUGAUAUUAAAUAUCAAUCAAAUGCAUUGUUACAAAAGAAAUUAAGAUCAGUUAGAUCACUCUUGGUAUGAUAAAAAUGUUUGAAUUACGUGUAUUUAAAAUGUCUCUAGAUUUGUCUUUUGUUUUUAAAUAAAGCUAAAAUGAAAGGCAAUUAUAGCGGGAAAUAUUAUUUAUAUGGGCGGACAUCUUUAAGUACCUCCUUUACAGAAUGAAAAAAAAGUCCCUGACUUUAAUGAAUAAUUCGGAUCAUUAAACAAUGUUAUGUUGUAUGGCAUACUUUCAGAUAUACAUGAAUUAGUAUUCUCUUUAAAUCUGCAUAUAGUAAAUCGGCUAGAUUGCACUUUACUGGUACGCAGUUGUUUAACUUUAUCGACAAAGCAGGGGUUUGGGGGCGGUAGCCCAUGAUACUAAGAAUAUAUAUAGGAUAAAAAGGAUUAUUAUGUGUUAGGUGUGUUGCGUUAGGUGGUAGGUGUUGUGUUAGGUGUUGUUAGGUGUAAGGUUUUAUGUACCGGUAAAGUGCAAUUGCCCCAUUAAAUCUGCAGUUUGGGGAAAAAUAAUUGCAACUUUUCCGUAUCAUUAACACAUGACCCUCUCAAUGCCACUUAUUAUAAAUUUUUGAAUAAAUAAUGCCUUUUCCAGCAUGUUUAAUUAUACAUUGUAUCUAAAAUCUAAAUUGGUAGAUUAUACCUGGUCAUCAAUUAAGACAAUAUUUUAUCACAACCAUAUUGUCCCACAUAUAUAGAUUGUCAUAGUCAUUGAAAUGAAUGAGUAUUUAUUCUGCAAUCAUGUUUCUUCAUUUUUCUGUCAUUUUUAUGAAAGUGUGUCAAACCCACUCUUAUUUUUGCACAUUUUUUUAACAAUAAUACAUCAUCAUAUGUUAUAACAAAAUGUUUGUAAGAAAAGCACAUUUAUUGGGCAUUGUGAUUUGUUCUUGUAAAAUGCGGUAAUGACACAAUUUGGCUAUUUCUGUCAUAAUACAUGGAUUAAUAUAAUGUUUUAAGAUUAGACCAGUAAUAUUUUUUUUAAUUAAAUAUUUAUUAAAUCGUCAAGAACAACUUUUAAGUUUAAUGUGUUAUUAUUGUAAAGGAUAUUUUACAGAACAGGAGUAUAUGUUUAGCAUACAUGUAUGCAUUGUAUAUGAGGUUUUGAUUGUACAUGUAUGUUGCCUAUUUGAAGACAUUCUUAUUGUUCAGUGAAAUCUGCGAUGUGUGUUUUCAUCACGUUUUUGAUAACAUUAUCAUUGCUUAUGUGAGUUGUUUGCUAAAUCAUCCUUAACAUGGAAACCAUCAUCAUCAAGCAUCUGGCCCCUCCACUGGGGUAUUGUUAUAAUAGAUACUUCAUGUUUAUUUAUUUUGUGUAGCUUUUCCUUUCCACAAUAGCAAACUAUAUUGUUGAGGUAUUUUAUUACAGACUUGCAGAUUCACUCUAUGAGAGCAUGCGAUUACUACACAUUUCUUUAUAAAUAUUUUAAUAAUUUGUUAGAUUAAUGUGUUUUCCUUUUCUGAAAAUGAUGAAAAAAUGAAAACGUAAUGCUAUCCGCAUUUCCAAAUUUGUCCUUUCUAUAAAUUGUAUUCAUAAUUGUUCUCAAUAUUAUAUCUUUAUGUAUUUUUGUAUUGAUUGGUUAAACGCUUAAAGUUGGGUUAAGUUGGUUUAAAACUUUAAUGGAUGUGUUGACAAAUUAUCGAAAUAACAGCUUUCCAACUUUUUGUCACAGACUAAGAAAUAGAAUACCGCAUAAAACACCGGAAGUGAAAAAACACAUAUGCUGUAAAUUUAUACUGAAAAUACAUUUCCGUAAAUGAAAAAUCAUAAUUUAAAUUUUAUAAAAUUAUUGAGAUUUACACAUUCAAAAAUAUUGAAUCCAUUGGUAUGUUUUUAACCAGGUUUUCCGAAGGAAAAAACUGGUUAUUAGAUUGGCGAAUGCGGGCUGGCUGGCUGGCUGGCGGGCUGGCGGAACAAGCUUGUCCGGGCCAUAACUAUGUCGUUCAUUGUCAGAUUUUAAAAUCAUUUGGCACAUUUGUUCACCAUCAUUGGAUGGUGUGUCGCGCGAAAUAAUUACGUCGAUAUCUCCAAGGUCAAGGUCACACUUUGAGUUCAAAGGUAAAAAAUGGCCAUAAAUGAGCUUGUUCUGGCCAUAACUAUGUCAUUCAUUGUGAGAUUUUAAAAUCAUUAGGCACAUUUGUUCACCAUCAUGGGACGGUGUGUCGCACGAAAGAAUCACGUCAAUAUCUCCAAUGUCAAGGUCGCCACGACUAAAAAUAGAUUUUUUUUAAAACAAACUUACAAAGGGGGUUAAUUUUGUUUGUUCAUUUCAAAAGUUCAGUUUGAGUUUUCUCCCUUUAUCAGAUUUUUUUUUCACAAUGAAAACCUGGUUUUGAGACAAUUUUGUCCCUUGUGUAUUUUUUGUUACAAAACGUGAAUCAGCAUUUAAAGUAUAAAAUACUUUCAAGAGAAAAUGAGACUGGAUAGUAGAGUGGGUAAGUUGAUUGACUUUAAAUGCAAAGAUCAAGGGUUUGAGUCCUAAAGGGGAUACACGUUUUUAUUUUUAUUUAAAUACAUGCUUGUUAAUAAAGUAGAACUCUACAGUUUUGAUGUUCAAUUCUAGCAAUUAAAGGCAUUUACUGACACACUUAAAAACAAAACAAAUCUGUGACUGUAUAGUAUUGUUUGCAUGUUUGUGAUUCUCAACGAUUUAAUUUCUGUACAUUUUCGCACGUUACAUCGUUCCUAUUAAACAAGUUUUCCUUUGAUUGUACAUUUGUUUCCAACAUUUGUGUUAUCUUGUGUACAUUUUGAAGCUUCUGUGAUUAAAUAUUCUGUAUC